UUAAGCGUGGCAAAACGAUUCCCUUAUGCGUCUACAGUUCAUAGAAAAGGUGUGUGGAGUUUUCCCGCAGCUGACAGAAAACUAGGAAUGGUUGCAUGGGAAUUUUUGCAACAAAGGAGAAGCAACGGGGUAGCACACUCGGUUAUUUAGGGAGAAUAUAACUCAACACCUCUUCUUUGGAAACUACACCCUCAAGAAUCCAUGCACACUAUUUGCCAACAGCUGACUUUUUGUAAGAAGUGCUGCGCUUUAUGGCUGUCUUUGAAGUUGUGAAGUGCAAUACAAGCUGGAUUCAAAUUAACAUCUUUCUGUGUAGAUAUUUUGAUCACACAACGUUUAAUUUUUACAAGUAAUCGACCUAUUCAAGUAACGUCCGUUAUUUGAGCCCCAUUGUUUUUGCUUAACCCAGACGGUUAGUGCUGAAUCUUUCAACCCGGCACCAUGAGUUUUGCCAAGCUCUUAGACCACGUCGGGGGGAUGGGUCGCUUCCAAAUCAUCUAUGCGAUCUUACUGGCUAUCCCAGUUUUCAUGAUGGCCAGCCAUAACCUCCUGCAGAACUUCACUGCUGCCAUCUCUGAGCACCACUGCCAGGUCCAUAUCAACAUCAACAACACUCCUUACACCAACCUCACCGGAAAGCUCGCUGCCAAGGACCUCCUCAGGGUCUCCAUCCCCAUGGAUAGCAACCAGCAGCCAGAGAACUGUCACCGCUUUGUCACUAUGCAGUGGCAGCUCCUAGACUCCAACGCCACAGUCACAAACCUAACCGAGCUGGAGACUGAACCCUGCGCUGAUGGGUGGGUGUACGACAAGAGCAUUUUCACCAGCACCAUCAUUACAGAGUGGGACCUGGUGUGUGACUCCCGGCAGCUGAAGCAGGCGGCUCAGUCCAUCUACAUGGUUGGGAUCCUGGCGGGAGGCAUCAUCUUUGGAAGUCUGUCAGACAGGUUUGGCCGCAGGUCUCCCUUGAUCUGGUGCUACUUGCAGAUGGCUGUCACGGGCACCAGCACUGCCUUCUCACCCAGCUUCACUGCCUACUGCAUCUUCCGUUUCCUGACCGGAAUGGCCAUCUCGGGCAUUGUGAUGAACAGUGUCUCUCUGUCUGUGGAAUGGACACCCACCCGCACACGGGCCGUUGUGGGCGCCAUGUAUGGAUACUGCUACACAAUCGGGCUGUUCAUUCUGGCUGGGGUGGCUUACGCCAUCCCCAAUUGGCGCUGGCUGCAGCUUGUGGUGUCUUUGCCCUAUUUCAUCUGCUUCAUCUACUCCUGGUGGUUCGCUGAGUCCGCCCGCUGGCUGGUAAUAGCCGGCAGACCCGACGAGGCAGUGAAGCAGCUCCAGAGAGUGGCCAGGAUAAACCGGAAGAAAGAAGAAGGAGACAAACUCAACAUAGAGGUCUUGAGAUCCAACAUGCAGAAAGAAAUAGCCUCUGCAAAGAGCAGCUAUACCUUAUUCGACCUGGUGCGGACCCCUGUCCUACGCCGGAUCUCCUUCUGCCUCUGCUUUGUAUG